GGCAUGCGUCGCUCGACGCGCUCUGCGCACGCGCACAACGGACCCGGCGCGCUGUAGUUGGUUCGUCAACUCCCUUGUCCGCUACCGGCCGCGCUCCUCGACAAUUUCUCGGAGGAAAAAGAAAAAAAUAUUCUCGCCAACAAUCGAGCAGUGCACCGCGGUCCCGAACCGAACCGAAAACCCAGCGAAGAUGUCCACGUCCAAGCACAAAGAGAUCGUCCUCGAAACGAUCGACCAACUCCGAAAGCGCAAGGCCCGCCCAGACUUCGAGCGCAUUUGUCACAUGCUCUACCGCCGGCAUGGACUCACCAAAGUCGAGGUCCAGACCGAACUCGACUUGCUCGUCGACGCCGAAGUGGUCAUCAAGGUGGACUACAAAGGCAGCACGAGCUACCGGAACGCUGCCAAGUGGGUCCGCUUCAACAAGUCACCGCUCUCUGAUCCCGCGGCCAGCGCGGCCGCUGCCGCCAACGCCGUGCCCGUGGUCGCGGUGUCUAUCAGCGGGCACGCCACCACGCAGAAGGUGAGCCGCAUGAUCGGCGACGCCGUCAAAGAUCUCUGGUGCGCCCGUCAACGCGCCGGCGGCGGUGCAUCCAAUGCGGGAAUCACCGCGUCCGAAGUCGAAGCGUUCCUCCAAAGCAAGGAGGCCGGGAUCCGACUAACCAAAGGAGCGCUCGAACUCGCGUUCGAGAAAGAAGUGGCUGCGGGUCGACUGGUCCGGUUCGCGGGUGGCUCGUACGGGCUGUCCGACGCCGAGAAACAGCGGCUGGAGCGCUGCAACGCGGCGCCCAAGGUCGCACCGGCAUCGUGCAGUCCGAGGCCCAGCAAGCCGCCGAUGGUUCCUCGUGAGCCGCUGGGCCAACCACCCGUUCUGAACGGCGAAAGUGCGCCGGCGGCGGUGGCGGCGCGGCCCAACGCGAUGCUGGUGGUUCCGGAGAAACGUGUGGCGGUCGCGGCACCGCUCAUCAACUGCAACAACAACAACGGUCGGGCUGGACUUCAGGGUCCCGCUGGGAAGCGUGCGAGACCGCUAAGCAAACGCAAGAGGAUCAAGAAGACGCAUGGGCCAGACUUCCUGGAAAACUUGGACAGCCCGACGAUGGAGGCGACCGAGUUUUUCGAGGACGAUGAGCCACACUGCUUCAUCUGCUGCCUCACCGCUGCGUCCAACGUGACCGGAGACGUCGAACCCCUCCUCGUCUGCCGUGACUGCAGCACGAAAGCACAUCCGUCGUGUCUCAACUACUCUCCCGAGCUGGUGAACGUGGCGCAACUCUCGUCGUGGCAGUGCAUAGACUGCAAGACCUGCGCCGUCUGCAACACAAACACAGACUCGGACGACUUGUUGGUCUGUGACAACUGCGACAAGGGGUACCAUCCGACGUGCCACAAGCCAAAGAUUGCAAACAAGCCCAUAGGGAAAUGGUUCUGCAAGGCAUGUCUGGAGGCGGGCAAGAAGUCUUCUGGGCCCAAGGUCAAGAUGGAAGUUGACCCGCCUGCCGGACUUCCCACGCCUUGCGAUUCGCCCGUACCCGAGGACGAACUCAAGGAUUCAGAUGAGGAGCCGCACUUGGAUCUGGCUGCAUACUUCACCGCCUUGGACCAGUAUCCGGACACAAUUCCCGACGCAAAGUGCUGGUCCAUCGACGAAGUGGAAAAGUUUCUGGUUCACGUCGGCUUUCCCGAGCAGGCCUCUGCCUUCAGAGAACAGGAAAUAGAUGGGCGCUCCCUGCUGCUUCUGAAGCGCAGCGACGUCCUCACCGGACUUUCCAUCAAGCUGGGACCCGCGCUCAAGAUCUACAACCACAUCAAGAGACUGCAGACCGGUCUGCCCAACGGACACCUCUACUGAGCGACUCACUCAAGUUCGUACUUAAACACGUGUACAUACUUACGAAAGACUGCUCAGAAGCUUGACGCACCGCACGUCGCCGUGGCACUUCGGUGCAAGCUUGAGCACCGCCGGCACGUGCGUGUCAAAUGCAAUGUUCCGACGCUGUGUCAGUCUAUUGACUGAAGAAAAGCUUGUUUUGCUUUAAGUGUAAUGUGCGAGUCUGAUAUUCGAGGUCUCAGAUUUGUCAGAGGACGCCGAUUCGACCAAAGAUGUUGCAUUACGUGUCGGGUUUGUGCGGUAACAUUUUUCCAACAAGUUGUGGCUUUUUUUUUUUUUUUUUCGCCUUCAUUGGUAGUGCGUACAAGUGUUUCUCCUGUAGCCUCAAGUGCAAACGAAAUGCGGUCGGACCCCGUCGAGCAACAUUGUAAGCGGGUCGCAAGCGAAGCAGCACAUUUAGUCAUUGCCAUUUCUUUCCUUCCAAGUGCUGCACCACGUUCGAUAGACUCAUUUCACGUUUUUUUCUUUGUAUCUUGCCCUUUAUUGCCAUAUGUACAUAAGAGUAUGACUUCCUAAAAUAAACCAUUGUUCAAGAAA